AGGCUAGUUCGAUUCGAACGACAGCGCAGUGUGUAUCGUAUGCGCGCUAAUCAAUCUAAGUUUCUCGACAUAUCUUGUGUACAUCGUGGAAAAACAUUCUUUUUCGCCAAAACGUCCUAGCCAUUGUUGUUGCUACCUAUUUUUUUUGUUCAUUGUUUGUAAUCAAUAUCUUUCACUGUGUGUUCGAUAAGAGUUUAUUUUUUACGAAACAAAAAAAAAUUUAUAGCGGUGUUGUAUGUCUUUCUGUUGUCUCUACGGUGUGUACGCAUAUUGACUGAAUUGAUGAGAAUUUAGUGCGAAAAAAAUAUUCAGUAGUCAUUUACCAUCAUAUCAUCGGGUUAAUAGUGAGACGGGAAUAAAAAUUAGUAGCACAUCAUUGCACCUCCAGCAUUGUUCCAUCAAUUCAUCACCUCCAAACACUGGAUCGCUCACCGAAAUUGUCGGCUUGAUGUCAACCACUUUUUCACAAAAAUUCACAAUUGUUGCUUUUUUCGCUAUCGCUGAGAGAGAAAGAGAGUGCAAACAUUUUGGUCAAUAACACACGAUCGAAUCAUAAUUUGGACACCAUUUAACACAAAAUCUGGAAAAAGGUUUACAUCGUGCAAUCGACUCACAUAACGGAUUGCCGAUCAAAAUAAAGAGUGACCGAAGUAGAGAUAAAAUCAUUUUGGGCGCAUUCUAAUAAAUGUCCUUUAUGCCAUAGACUUGAGUUUUGCUAUUGGCAUUGCCGAAAAAUAACAUGAACAUUGCACAUCACCUAUUGUUUUCAGUAAAUUGGCCAGCUAAUUAACUUUCAACAAAGUGCUCGUGUGCAGAAAACAAAAAUUCAUAUACAUAGACCACUUUUUAAAAAAAGGACAUAGUGAAAGGUUUCGUUUUCAGAAGCAAUGCUUAAGCUUUUCAUUAGAUGAAUCAAAGCAAAUGCCGUCAAAGUUAAAUCAAAGUGUGUUCGUUUAGGAGAAAAGUGAAAUCAAACAAUUUUUGAACGAAAAAAAAGUGCUUUAUAAUAAAUUUCAAUUGAUCAAUAUUUGGAGUCUCCAAUUAAUCAAAUUGUGAUCACCGAACGAAAACAUCGAAAUGUUUUAAUAAAAGAGCCCGUAACGAAUCACACAAAGAAUACUCAACGUGCUGGUUGGAAAAUAAGUGAUGAACAAAGCUUAUUCAAAAUAAAAAAUAAACAACGUUCAACAUGGAAAUUUUCACAUAAACGAAUUUAUUGUAAUAAAAGUGUCAAUGUUUAGUGUGUUUUUGUUUAGGUUUUGUUUUUCUUCAAAUCUCCAAACGCACAAAUAAGUUUCCUGGUGAAAUUUCUCUCGAAGUUGAUCUCUUCUGGUUUCAUUGACCUCAAAUUAUAUGUGAUUGAACCAAUUAUGGUGAACUUAGUUAGAAUAUGUAAAUCAUUUGCUUAAUUUUUCAAAACGCCCACAAAUUAAAGACAAAUCCAAAAAUAAAGGAAAUUUAUUAAAAACGAUAAGAGAGACACAUGCAAAAAAAGAACGAAUUCACUCAGUUUUUACAUCAAAUAAACAAUUAGCAAAAAUCAACAAUACUUUUGUUCUAUGUUUAGCUUAUAAAUUAUCAAUUUCAAUGUGUUGUUAUUUUCAAUAUUGAUUCGAAGAAGCAAAAAGUUUGGUGAAGUCAAAAGCAAUCCAAAAGAUUGAAAAUAGAAGAAUUGAAACCAUUGAUUAAGUGCCUCCACCUUAGCUCAAUUUAGAUAAAAGAAAGAAUAGUACAUCGAUUGAGAGAGAGAGAAAUCGACAAAAAUUCGCAAUUGCUGAAAUUCACCCAACUUGAGUCUAUCAUUUCAAAUCAACCUUUUAAUAACGUGCAUAUCAAAUAAAUUUUAACAAGUGCUUUGAAUGUUCUACAUAACACAUACGAGAACUGAACAUUUGCUAGACCAAUAGAAAAUCAUUGAAAAGCACCGUACAUAGACAUUCAUUGGACAACGAAAUAACAACAGCAAUGUCUUUCCGUUGUGUUCCUUCAUACGACGCCAGCGCUCAAUGGGAGCGUUUGACGAGUCAUAGUGGAAUCGGUUUGUCAAGUGCCAGUCCCGUUUAUAACACUCAUACAGGCCACGGAAAUAGUGGUCGAACAGUUGCAACAAGUCAUAGUGGCGGAAAUGGAAGUAGCGGCGCACAUGCAAAUACACAUGGACCAUCUCCAUCGAUUGACAUGCAUCAUCCUGCAUUGCAAUCAGAUUUUCAGCCACCAUACUUUCCGCCACCAUUUCAUCAUACAACGCAAAGUCCUCCACAACAACAAAAUCAUUCAACACAUGGUAUAGAAUAUUUAGGCGCUGCCGAUCCAUACGGUCAUGUGUAUCAACAUUAUAAUCAAUUAACUGGAUUGCGGCCGACACAAGAACAGUUAGGAAUCCAUCGAACCCAUCGUGAAGCUGAGCUUCAGGGUCAUGUGACGCAACUUUCACAUGGAUUCCCGUACACAGAUCGUCGUGGUGAUUAUAGCAGUACAAUUGGUGUUGGAAAUCCUGCAAAUCGUUUGCAUGAACAUGAUCCAUUAGCGCUGCAUCAAGCGUUACAAAGUGCUGUUGAUGAUGGCCAAAAUACCGGUAUGGAUGAAAAUUCCGGUUUUAUGUCAGACCUACCUCUUUUGAAAAAUGUUUUUACGGAUGCAAAUCGGGCGUAUCAUUCAAACAUCUGUACGAAUUCAAUGAAAAGUGGAAAAGAACCAAAUAAUCUAAGUGUGGGAUCACCGAGCGAUGUAUUUUGUUCGGUACCGGGUCGACUGAGCCUACUGUCAAGCACAUCAAAAUACAAAGUAACAAUAGCUGAAGUUCAGAGAAGGCUUUCACCACCGGAAUGUUUGAAUGCAUCAUUAUUAGGUGGCGUACUGCGACGUGCCAAAAGUAAAAAUGGCGGUCGUUUGUUACGUGAAAAAUUAGAAAAAAUUGGCCUAAAUUUACCCGCCGGACGUCGUAAAGCGGCAAAUGUGACAUUACUCACAUCAUUGGUUGAAGGCGAAGCCAUUCAUUUGGCACGAGACUUUGGUUAUGUGUGCGAAACGGAAUUUCCAUCAAGGCAAGUUGCUGAAUAUUUACUUCGCCAACACACCGAACCCCAAGAGACAUAUCGACGAAAAGAAUUACUUUUGAAUACAAAACAAGUUACAAAAGAACUGAUGGAUUUAUUGAAUCAAGAUCGAUCACCACUUUGCAAUACGCGUCCACAGCACAUCUUGGAUCCAUCGAUACAACGGCAUCUCACCCAUUUUUCGUUAAUAUCACAUGGUUUUGGUUCACCAGCCAUUGUGGCUGCCCUGACAGCGAUCCAGAAUUUCUUGAAUGAGUCGCUGAAAAUUGUGGACAAAAUGUACGCUACAAAUGGCGGAGGUAUGGUUUCAUCUUCAAUCGAUAAAAACAAAAUGGACAACGACAAAAAGUGAUGAUAUUUUGCAAAUUUGUUUUUAAGAAAAGCGUUGCGAACAGAAAGCGUGCGACAGCAUACCGAACAUACGUGAGAAGAACAUUGAGAAUCAUCGAAAGCCAUUUCAUAAAGAGUUUUAAUUGUGGACAUAUCCUCGAAUGUGACACACAGACACACACACAUACAGAGAGAUGCAACAGCAGCAACAAACAGCAGCCAUCUUAACAUGAUCUUGAACCCCCCUCCUUCCUGUGCUCUCCCACUUCCCACAUGCAAUUCAUUUUCAAUGCCAUUUGACGAUAUACAUGACGAAGAAAAAGUGCUUUCAUUAUUCAAGCAUCUUCGAAUUCAAAUUCAUUUGCUGUAACAAUAUAUCUGUCAAUGGGACAAAUGUGUCCAAAUAGUAGAAAUAAGAGAACAAAAAAAAAUUAUUAUCGCAUUCCCAAUUGCGACAAAAUAGAUAAGCAAAUAAGAAAUAGUUUUACUAAUUUAAGUGUUUUACUAAUUUUCAAACAUUCCUAUUUGGAUAUCUUAGUAUUUCGACUACAGCGACGUGCUUCUACAAUGCCAGACAUACUUAACUUUUGUCUUAACAUUUGCUGCCACAAUAUAGAAGAUUCAUUGGUGCCCUGAAUGUUAGGAUAUCCAAAAAUGAAUGGUCGCUGAAUGUCAGCUAUUACGUAAUUUCAUCGCUGAAACAAGAAGAAUUCAAGUGCAAUGGAAACUGCAUUUGUUCAUUACGAUAAAUUUGUUACCGCUGAUUUUGCGAACGACAUUUUCCUUUGUUUUUAUUUUUAGGCAUUUCAAUUUGGGGACGAUUAUUAUCUUCGUAGUUGAUUCAACGCCCAAAAGACCAUUUACGAAUUGGAACUGAAGUAGGACAUUGUUAAAUUGGUCUGGAACAUCAAACCUGAACACUGUUGAAUCGAUCGAAGUUUUGACUCUCAAUGUUCAGCAAUAUCUUGAGCGACGCUUGUGAUAUCAAUAAGUUGACAUUUCAAUAGUUGAGAUUAAUUUAAAAUUCUUUCCCCACCACAUAAAAACAAUGCAAAAAAAUAAAUAAAAUUCUUUCGACAUUCCAACUUAAAGAAUUUCGAACGUAAUCAAAAGUUGUGUGAUACGUGAGCGAUUCAUUUGAGUGAAGAACAUCGUUGUAAUGCAUGAAUUGGGUACAUUACAAGUACAAAAUUUACAUUUGAAACGGCCGAUAUCGAGGAAGAAACGUAAACAACACUUUGUGAUAAUUUAAUGAUAUUUAUUUAUAAUUUAUUGAAGAGGUAACAUUGAAACUCAAAACAAGUAUGGGCACACGGUCAAUUUUAAACUUAUCAUAAACAUCCAAUGUGUUUUACAAUUCCAACAAUCGGAAUAUGGAAAUUAAAAAACAAUAAAACACAUUUCAGUUUAAAUAUCCGAGAAAAAAAAUCAUUGAAUUGACAAAAAAACCAUUGUUAUUUUGGUUCAAAACAUUGCUAACGUGUGAUGCAAACAUUUGCUGUAUUUUGUAUAGUAAAGAGUUGUCAACGGGCGAGGGUGAAAAACAUUCCGUUUUUGGUUUAAAUCCAUUUUGACUGAUUGUGAGGCUAUCGUUACAAAACUUAUUUUAUAUGGCAACAACAAUAUAUAAAGAAAACUAUAGAGACAUUAAUACAAAUAGAUUAUAGUUUUGAUCUAAUAAUAUAAAAAAAAAAAAAAACAAAAAUAUUCAAUCGCCGCGUGUUUUCAGGUAAUUUCAAUACAUCUGCAUUUGCAUGAAGCAAAAACCGCAACAACAAUUUCAAAAUAAACAAAAAAAAACAUUUUUUAGCAUAAAAUAAUUAAAUUUAAUGAUAUUGCACGAAAGCGAUUCAAUCAAUCACAUUCGUAUGGACAAACAUAAUGAAAAUAAAAAUUAUUAAGAUAUAAGUUUAUUAGGAUAAAAUUGUGUGCGAUUGUGUGUAAUCAACGUGGACACAUUUGCGCCUUAAAUAAAAUUAUAAAUUCUCUAAAAACAAGAACAAAUAAAAAAUGAAGCGCAAGCGUAUAGGCAAUUACAAGACGAUGACAAGAUUUCAAAAUUAUGUACUUCAAAUCAAGUUAUGUUCUUUAAAUAGCAUUUAUGUAUAGAUUUACAUUUAAAAUCGACAAACAAAACAACUCUGUAUAUUAAGAUUCGAUACACUCACACACACACACACAUUCACAU